AUAGAUUUCAUUAAUAAAAUUAAUGCCAAGUAAAACUAAGAUCUUGAAUUACAUGAGACCAGCAAUGGCUAUAAUUCCAGAUGUAGCUGAGCCAGAAAGAAGAGUAUUUCUUUAUAUUUGAUUAUAUAAAUUAGAUAUUGUUUAAAUACAGAGCAUUAUGGACAGCUAUUGCAACACUUUUAUAUUUAAUUUGUUCAUAAAUUCCAUUGUAUGGAAUAUAUAAAGCAUCUGCUGGAGAUCCUUUUUAUUGGUUAAGAGUUAUAUUGGCAUCAAAUAGAGGAACAUUGAUGGAAUUAGGUAUUUCACCAAUGGUAACAGCAUCAAUGAUUAUGUAAUUGUUAGCAGGUGCAAAGUUAAUUGAUGUUGAUUAGAAUGUAAAAGAGGAUAAACAACUUUAUUCAGGUGCAUAAAAAUUAUUAGGAAUUUUAAUUGCUUUUGGUGAAGCUUUUGCAUAUGUAUGGUCUGGAAUGUAUGGUGAUUUAGAUAAAUUGGGAGCUGGCAAUGCUAUUUUAAUAAUCAUAUAAUUAGUCUUCUCAGCAAUUGUUAUGAUUAUGAUUGAUGAAUUACUAUCUAAAGGUUAUGGUAUAGGUAAUUCAGGAACCUCUUUAUUUAUUGCAAUUAAUAUUUGUGAAAAUAUUAUGUGGAAAGCAUUCUCUCCAAUAACUCAUAGAACUGAACUUGGAUUAGAAUAUGAAGGAGCAAUUAUUGCACUCUUCCAUGGAUUAUUCAUUAGAGAUGAUAAAAUUACAGCUAUCUAAUCAGCCAUCAUGAGAGAUUCAUUACCAAAUCUCACUAAUUUAUUAGCUACUGUUUUAGUUUUCAUGAUUGUUAUUUACUUCUAAGGGUUCAAAGUUGAUAUUCCUAUAAAAAAUAACAAAGUAAGAGGAGGUUUAACAUCUUAUCCAAUAAAAUUGUUUUAUACAUCAAAUAUUCCUAUCAUACUUUAAACUGCUUUAGUUUCAAACCUAUAUUUCCUGUCUCAAAUUUUAUAUAGAAAUUUCCGAGGCAAUUUCUUGAUUAGAUUACUUGGACAUUGGUAAGAAUUGGAAAGUGGAUAAACUGUUCCUAUUGGUGGAUUAGUAUAUUAUGUCUCCCCUCCAAGAUCAAUAUCUGAAGCAAUCUUUGAUCCAAUCCAUACUGUAUUAUACACUGCUUUCAUUCUUGGAACUUGUGCAGUCUUCUCUAAAACUUGGAUUGAUGUCUCUGGAUCAUCACCUAAAGAUGUAUUAAUUAAUUUAUAUUAUUUUUUAAGGUUGCCAAAUAACUCAAAGAAUAAGAUAUGUAAAUUGUUGGAUAUAGAGAUUCUUCUAUGAAAGAAGUACUCAAAAGAUAUAUUCCUAUUGCUGCUUCCUUUGGUGGAAUGUGCAUUGGAGCUUUGACUAUUUUAGCUGAUUUCUUAGGUGCUAUUGGCUCAGGUAUUUAGUUGUAUUAAUUAUUUUAGGAACUGGAAUACUUUUAUCAGUAACUAUUAUUUAUGGCUAUUUCGAAACACUUAAGAAGGAAAAAGAGUAAGGAACCCUAGAAUUGUUUUGAUCUUGUUCAUUAUUAAAUUUAUGACGUAG